AUGCUCGAGACGGACACGCGCAAGCGACCGUCGCAGGACCCUAUUGCCCCACCUCCGACCAAGAAACGUGCAUUGACGGGAGAGAAUGGGUCGCCUAUAUUGGUCAACGGCAAUGCGCCAGCGACGCCGUCGCCAGAUGGAGACGAGCCCAGAGACCAGGAUAACCUCGAGCAAUUUCGCAAGGAGGCUAUAUGGCGACGCAUGAAACACUACUCGCGUGAGGUCGAACGAAGUAAAGCGCGCGUGACAGAGCUUGAGCGUGUCAAGACAUCCUUCGAAGCCAGUCUGGCAGCGAUAGGAUCGAGCUGGGGCCAGAUUAUCAACGUUGUCCAAGAUUUGAGUGGUCAAGUCGACGCGAACGGAGUGCAUGCGUCAGCGGAAGAGUUGCUCGACCUGGUUAGACCUGAUCCUGCUGUCAAGACUGAAGACCUGGCAGAGGUUCUGCAUGCCAAGGCGGAGGCGACGAAGGCAUUACUGUCCGGGUUAAGUCGAACGUCCGCACCGGAUGACGUCCGACAGAAAUAUCAUGCCGCGCAAUCUGAACUCACCGCACUGCGUUCACAACUCGCCGUUUCUCAAGGAGCGUUGAAGGACACACGUACGCAACGCGAUGAAUUGCACCGAGAAUUGCGACUGGCCCAGACACGCCUUGACCGCGAAAGCAGCCGAACCGUUCGUGCGAACAACCCCCGAAGCGCGUCAGAUGCCCCAGAAGAUGCGAACGGCGAUGUAAAGCAGGAAACGACGUCAGCUACAGCGACGCCCGUGCGUGCAUCUCCAUUGCCUGCUGUCGAAGGAAGUGAAGACGUACAGCGCUUGCGCGAUGCUUGCGAGGCAAUGCAUGCCUCAAAGACCAGCCUUGAGCACGAACUUGUCAAGUUACGGGACGAGCUUCACUCCGCGAAGGCCGACGCAACUCGCACCGCUUCCAAUCUGAGCGAAGAGCAAAUUCACUCGAAUCCGUUCUAUCAGGCUGCCAUUUCGAAGGCGGCAGCGCUCGCAGAAUCGAAUCGGGAGUUACACGAGACAUCGGAUGAACGCAUGCGAUUCAUCACGUCGCUACAAGCCAAAUAUGAGGAAGACCUUUCGACGUAUGAGGCUGACAGCAAGAAGAUGGAGCAGAAUCUGGUAGCGCUUGCUGAGAAACGGGAUGCGGACCUCGCACGUAUUCGCGGAGUUCGUGAUGAGAUUGCUGCGCAGAAUAGGGAAUUGAAGGCGCGGGAAGAGCUCAGGCUCCGUUCUGUCGACGAGGUGCAGAAGCUUGCGGAUACGCGUGCUGCUCGCAUCGAGGUUCUCCUGUCAGAAUUAGCGCGCGUAAAGAGCCUUCUCGCCGCUAAGGCCGGCGACGAAAGUUUGGCUGCUUUCCUGGCGGCUGAGAAAUCAGGGGAUAUUACAUACGUUGAAUCGCUCAAGGAGCGCCUGUCACAAGCGGAGAGCGAGGCGACAGCAAUGCGGGCGACACUCGAGUCCCUAGACCUCGAGCGCCCAGACCUUGCAUCGCAUCUCCGUUCAGAGGCGGAAGUUCGUGAACAGCUGGCAGAGGCCAACGACCUCCUCUCUCGCUAUCGUGCCACAUAUGGCGAAUCUUCGUCUUUACCGCCUCAGACGCGCGAACUUUCGGAACAGCUUCGACGUAAGGAAGAGGAGCUCAAGACCUUAAGGCUCCAGGAUUCACAGCGCGAGCAGGGCGAGGCGGCGCUCUACAGCGAGCUCGAUACGCUCACGACAGCGUGGGAAGGCGCCGAGCAACAGCUGAAGAGCAAGGUGUUGGACUUGAAAGGAAUGGAGGAGCAAAUGCGCCGAGUGGCUACAGACAAAGCGAAGAUGGAGAACAAACUCUACGCCGCUAUGAAUGCCAAGGACGCUGCUGUUUCUGAAGCAAAGGCCCUGAAGCGUACGAAUGACAAGGAACAGAAGGUUAUCGCCACGCUUCAAGAGGCAAAGAAAAUGCAGGAUCAGCUUAUCACGCAAACCAAGUCCACUCUAGCCAAAGCAGAAGCGCAUGCGAAUCUACUUACCAAGCGUGAAAUGGAUGCGAAGCGCAAGCUCUCCGAGCUCGAAGUCCAGCUCGCGCAGGCGAACAUACACGCGCAGAAGGCGAAUAGCAUGUACAAGUCGCUCAGCCAGGAACAUGCACAUAGCGAACGCCUACGCCGCAAAGCCGAGGAGCAAUUCAAGAUUACGCAGAAGGAGACUGAGCGCGUUAAGGAGACCCUCAAGAGCCGCCCGGAGUCGUCCUCCCAGAAAGAGGAGAACCUCAAGGCUGAGGUUGAGUCGUACUCGUCGAUCCUCAGAUGUUCGACCUGUCGGCAGAACAUGCGCUCAGUCUACUUGGCUAAAUGUAGUCACACCUUCUGCAAACCGUGUAUCGACUCACGAUACGCUUCACGACAGCGCAAAUGCCCCAGCUGCCAGCUUGCUUUCGGACAGGCCGAUAUUCAGACAUUAUAUUUCCAAUGA